GCCCCUGACCUUUGCACAAACACCCCCGGCGGCGGCGGUGGGGAGGGUAUAAAGUGGGAACCCGGGGCUGCCCCCGCCGAGCAGAGCCCGCCGCAGCCAUGAAGGCGUCACUGCUGCUGGCGCUCGUCUGCACGGCCGUGCUGGCGGCGGGAGCAAGGGCCGACUCGCCCAGGGAGCCGGAGACGCUGGUGCAGAAGGUGCAGGAGUACGCCCAGAAAGCCACGGCCAUGGCCAAGUCCGCCUUCAGCAUGGUGCAGGAGUCGGAGGCGGCUCAGCAGGCCAGGCGCUGGCUGUCGGACAAGGCCGACCUGGCGAAGCAGCGGCUGGUCUGGCUGAAGGAGAAGCUGGCGGAGCUCUGGAAGCAGAUGCCGGCCGCGUAGUCCCACCGGGGGCUGGCCGGGGGCCGGCCGGGCUGGGGUCCCCCCGGCUGCCCAUCCGCUGUCACGGUUCUUGCAAUAAAGCGGGGCUGAAGCAGA